AUGUUCCUCAUUGUUAUCACUCCCCACUACUCGCUCUCCCGCAAACCUUCUGUCCAAGAAGCAGAAAAAGGCUCCAGCUUUGAUUCAUUUCUUGCCAUGCAGGACACUUCAGAUAUCAGAGAUGGUAUCUCUGAACAAGAAGCUACCCAGAGGCCUCCCUCCCGCCCUCCGCAGAGGGCCUCCUGCUUUCACUUCCUGGAGCACCGCGAGGGUCAGGGCCGGACUGUGCAUUUCACAGGCGUAAUUCCCUCCAGUCCCACACGCAGCGUCUUCCAGGUAGUCUUCCUCUACCUUAGAUCUCACACGAGGCGCAUGCGCGAUGUGCGGCGCGGGCGGGGCCUCCGGGCUGGUCCCGCCCCCGGCACGCAGGCCACGAACUCGCGCACGCGCAAAGCAGAGCGUCGAGCGUCGCGGGCUUCGGCAGGGAAAGGGUCGCGGGGCGGGGCCAGCCGAGAGGCGCGGGUGCGAGGCGGAGCCCCGAGAGAAAGCUCCGUGCUUAAGCUGCCAGAACCAAACACCAGGCCCUGGGGUCUGGGCGCUGAGGAAGGGGAGGUGGGCGUCCCCCAGGGAGCGUUCCGCCUGGACCCUCAGAUGCCGGUGAGCGUGACUCAGUGGCCAGUGAUGGGCGUGUGGGAGACCCAACGCGCCUACGCAGACGGCAAGGGCACCUCCCUUCCACUGCGGCCACUCCAACUCCUCCCGCUCUCAAAAGAGGACAGGUCUGGGACGCUAAACGGUCAAGAUCAAUCCAAUUUCUUUUCAGACAACGCCUCCAGGUUUGAAAAUGCCCAUUUUGAGAUGUUCAAACAGAAGGUUUUGAAAACAAAAGGCACCUUCACACCGGUCUGUAAGCCCUGCGAAGGCAUCCAAGCGACUGCCAGCGCUUCCUCCCCGCCCAGGCCCGAGCCCCAGCCUCGCCCCCUGCUCUUCUUCUGCCCCUCUCGGCCCUCGCCUCUUCCCGGCACGCAGGCGCCCCCCGCCCCCAGGAGCCCCGGCGCGGGCGGGACGCGACGCUCGCCGCGGACCAGCCCGGCCCAGACGCCCGAGGGCGGGGGCAAGCCUCGGCCGCGGCUGCGGGCGCGCUGCGAGGAGGAGAGCCGCGGGCGCGAGGGGGCCGAGCGCGCCCUCAAGGCGCAGCAGCGCGACGUGGACGGCGCCACGCUGGCCCGCCUGGACCUGGAAAAGAAGGUGGAGUCGCUGCUGGACGAGCUGGCCUUCGUGCGCCAGGUGCACGACGAGGAGGUGGCCGAGCUGCUGGCCACGCUGCAGGCCUCGUCGCAGGCCGCGGCCGAGGUGGACGUGGCGGUGGCCAAGCCCGACCUGAGCUCGGCGCUGAGGGAGAUCCGCGCGCAGUACGAGUCCCUGGCCGCCAAGAACCUGCAGUCUGCUGAGGAGUGGUACAAGUCCAAGUUCGCCAACCUGAACGAGCAGGCGGCGCGCAGCACCGAGGCCAUCCGUGCCAGCCGCGAGGAGAUCCACGAGUACCGGCGCCAGCUGCAGGCGCGCACCAUCGAGAUCGAGGGCCUGCGCGGGGCCAAUGAGUCCCUGGAGCGGCAGAUCCUGGAGCUGGAGGAGCGGCACAGCGCCGAGGUGGCCGGUUACCAGGACAGCAUCGGGCAGCUGGAGAGUGAUCUGAGGAGCACCAAGAGUGAGAUGGCUCGCCACCUUCGGGAGUACCAGGACUUGCUGAACGUCAAAAUGGCCCUUGACAUCGAGAUAGCGGCUUACAGGAAACUGCUGGAAGGUGAAGAGACGCGAUUCAGCACCAGCGGAUUGAGCAUCUCAGGGCUGAACCCGCUGCCCAACCCGAGUUAUCUGCUCACUUCUAGAGCCCUCGGUUCUAUGACCUCCAAAGUCUCAUCCUCUGGGCUGUCCCUUAAGAAAGAGGAGGAGGAGGAGGAAGAGGCUUCUAAGGACGCCUCUAAGAAGGAGAUAGGAGAAAGUUUCGAAGAAAUACUGGAGGAGACAGUAAUAUCUACUAAGAAGACCGAGAAGUCAAAUAUAGAAGAAACCACCAUUUCAAGCCAAAAAAUAUAAUUCUUUGCUUAAAAAAGUUAAUGCUUAAGAGGGAAUAAUACGCAUUUGACUUGUUAAACAGCCGAUUCCUGAGCCGCAGCACCUGUCACCGCUAUGUAACGUCUUCACGGCUUCAGUCUCAUAGUUAGCAGUGAAUACUUUCUCUGAUAGGAAAACCAGCCCUUAGAUCGGAAGAAACUUCGGUCCCGGAGCCGUCACGGAGCAGUCAUCUCAGAACACAGCUUUCCCACCUCAGGCGUCGCAGGGAUAGAGGGUUCAGGUGCAGAGGAAGGAAGGACAAACUAAGGUGCUAAAUCUGUGCACAUCCUCAUCUGCUGUGAGCUGAACGGAAAACCCGUAUUUAUUCACCACACCCAGCCGGUGCCCGGCUGUAUAAUCUUACUCUAGAUACUUAAAACAUAAAAUCACUGCCAAAAAAAAAAAAAAAAAAAA